UCACGAGGGUUAACUCAAGCUUUGCAGUAAGGAACGUCAGUAGAAAAUGGCCUCCUUUAGAACUGCUAUUCUCCUCCUGACGCCAGCCGUCCUGUUGGCCUGGGUCACGGUGGCUGCUCCAGGCUGCCCGGAGCACUGCGAGUGUGAGCACGGGACCCUCAUCGUGAACUGCAGCCGCCUGGGCCUGACGCGCGUCCCGACCGCCAUCCCCGCUAACGUACAACAGCUCAUCCUGGAGAACAACAACAUCGCCAAGGUCUCACGGGACAACUUCAGAGGGCUCAAGUCUCUCCAGUUCUUAGACCUGAGCUCUAACCAGUUAAACAGUGAGGGGAUCCCGGCAGACGCGUUUGAUGAUGUUCCCUCCCUCCAGACACUGGAUCUGUCGGACAACAGGAAGUUUGAAGACUUCCCAACGUACCUACCUUCACAGCUGAUGACUCUGUACUUCAUACAAAAUAGCCUCAAGCACGUCAAAAAAGAAGCAUUCGCAAACCUGUCUGAUUUGAUCCACUUGGAUAUUUCCUACAACGGAGUGGAGUCUAUCGCACCCGGUGCAUUUCACAACCUAUCAAACCUGGCCGUAUUUUACUGUGACUUCAACAAACUUAACGACAACGGCAUCCCUACAAGCGUCUUCCAGCCGGCCAGCAAACUCUCUAUCCUGGGCCUGAGGUUUAACCAGCUGACGCGCGUUCCUGUAGACCUUCCUCCAGGUCUGGAACACUUGGAUCUGGUCGGGAACAAGAUCGUGGAGCUCCCGUCCAGAGUCUUCUCCAACCUGACUGAGCUCCAGACGUUGGAGAUCUGGCAACAGCCCUCCCUCACCACCAUCGAUGAUGACGCAUUUGCUGGUCUGGGGAAGCUGCAGAUCCUGGACGCCACCUCCACGGGGUUGAACAGGGUGACGGGCCGCACGAUGGACGGUCUGACGGGGACCUGGCAGGUGUACCUGUCGCUGAACAAGAUCCCAGCGAUCCCAGCAGGAGCUUUCCACGACAUGAAGAACCUGUCGUCCCUGUGGCUGGAUGCGAACCUCAUCACCACGCUCUCUCCCGAGGUUCUUGAUACGAGCGUUCUACCCCGCUUGUCGGAAGUGUACCUGUGGGGAAACCCGUGGACAUGUGACUGCCACCUCCGCUGGCUCAAGGAACACAUCGACAACAACAACACCGCUCCGACCAUUCAAGAUCCUCACCUCAAUGUGUGUAAUGCGCCGCCCAAACUCAAGGGACGGGCUUUUGAUACGCUUUCUCCAAAUGAUUUUGUGUGCAGUUGACGGGGACUAAUAUCAAGUUUUAAUCCAGUCUAUUUGAGAGCCGUUUUUCUUAGAUCAUGUGUAAAGUAAAGACCCCUGAUUUGUUGCGUAAAGCAGUCACGUGCCACGAUUAAGUAGUGGUUCCUUACGACCAGAUAAAACCGUGCUCAUGUAACCUAUGUAAUGUAACUGAGACACUGUCGUAUGAGAAACUGUGCCAAUGGUGUUCUCGGAUAGGGAUCCUACAUGUAAAGCGAUUGUCGACGGCUGUGAGAAACUUGCUUGUUGGAUUAAACACAUUGUCACUUUAAUGCGGAUUCAUGUAUUAAACGAUUCCAUUCCUUGAA